AUGGUUGACGUUAUCCAUCGCCUAAUGACUGCUAAUGCUCCUGAAAGCCAUUCAAAACUACCUGCUCAAGGUACAUCACUUGCCUCUUCUAGUGCCUAUUCUGUAACCAACGAUACAACUGCAAAUUCUACGCUUACACCUUCUUGGGCUGAUAUCAUCUUUCCCGCUCGCUAUAUCAUUGGCAUAUUGUUACACGAGGCCAACCUCCUUGAAUCUCGCUCGAAACUUCUAGAAAUUGACAUCUCUCCCAUUUCAUACUUCAAUCCUAUAGGUCCCAACCACAUUGCCGAUUCUAAGUAUCAAGAUCUUCCUCAAGAGGACCGUACCCGUCUAGCUCUCAUCGUCCACCAAGACCGCUGUCUCCGAACUCUUUCAUUUAUCCGCCCCAAUCUACUGCCAGGUAUAUAUAUGGCCAAAUACUUCAUCUGCCAAGGAUGGAUACCUACCCAUCUCGCUCAAGACAUCCUUAACAAACGGAUCCCUCAUCCUGUCAAGCAACACCUUACCAAUAUCCCUCACUCCUCUGUAGCCACUGUUCUUCAACAAUUCUCCCAAUCCUCUGAUAUAAACCCUGCCCCACCAUCAACUGACCUUCUUCCUGAGGCAUCUACCCUCAGGAUCCUCCGCAAAUACAAGAAAUGGACACAACUCCAGAUUCUGUCUCCAAUGCUCUCAAUUCCAAUGAACAUCUCUCUCCUUCCCCUGAUCCCUCCCCCGCAAAUUUCGAAAAUCAUCCCAAUUAAUAUCAAAUUCUUGAUCCAGUAUCUGAUCAAAGAUCCAUUCCUACAUAAUCCUCAUGUUUAA